AUUUCUGUUUAUUUAUUUUUCAAAAGAAGCUUGAAGAGAUUACACAGAUAAAGCAGAGCUCCACACAGGGUAACAUAAUAAUGCUUUUUGUGUCAUCCACAAUUUCUGACAGAAGGACUUUCUGACAUCUCUUUAAAUUAGUCAAAAUUGUAUUUUAAUUAUUUUCUGUUUUAUAUUUUUAGAAGCUUUAAACUGAAUACAUACAUAUUCUCUGUAAUGUUUUUGGCCUUUGUGUAUUGACAGUUCCAACUUCAUUCAUUUUAUUUAAUCUUGAAAAUAAAAACAGUGGAAGGAUAAAGAGAUCUAUUUUUCUUCAGUCGUUUAGCAGAAAUAAAAUGAUGUAAAUAUGAUCCUACACAGUUUUGUUAAAGAGCUCACAGAAAAUAACUUCCACUUCCAUUCAAUGACAUUUUCCAUCUUUCCCCUUAUGUUUCUUACAUCUGAGGGUUCAACUUCAAAGACUGAAAUAGUUAUACUCAGAGAGGAAAUGGGAGACUGUCUCCACUUCCUUCCUGUUUACGUAAGAUCACAGAUAACAACUCUGACGUCUACACAUAGGUUUAUGAAUAAUGCUGUUUAAGUUAUCAUUGCAAAUUCCUUGUUUAGAAAAUGUUUAAAUACAUGUCUAAAAUACCUUUUCAAUAAUAUUAUUUAUAAUAUGUGAGAUACCUGUUAGGAUGUUGUUUAGCAUGUGAUGGUGCAUCUCCUAACUAUCUAAUUAUCAUCUCCUCUUUCAAACUCUUUUGAUGAUUUUUGCCUGGUGUAUAAAUGUUGGAAUUGGAGGAAGAAAAUGUUAGUAAGGACUAACUCUGGUUAUAUUUCAACAUUUGGGCUGACACCCAUUUUUUGAGCUCUACUCUGUUCCAAAUGAAUAUCUGUUAUGAGUAGAUUAAAGGACAUGUUCAGACGGGGAAGAAUAGUAUGCAGAGAAACCUGUCUGCAGAUAGAGAAAGAGAAAGGUAGACCAGGCAGGAAGAGGAGCUUUCAGAGGACAAGAAAAAAAAUUAGGGGAGGGGAAUGAAAGUAAAUAACCGUAGGCAACUGUGAUCAUACUGCGAUUUGGUACAUGAGGCGUCUGUGUUAUCAAGAGGCACAUUCAUCUUCCUUCAUUCCUUUUGAGUGUUCAUCCAAAGCAGUCUGAAGGUAUCAAUGGACAUGAUGACAACUUGCCAGCUGAAUCAGACAUGUGGCCAGCCGAAUAGUAGCGUCCCACCUCCCAUGAGCAAUUCAGGCUUAGCAAUAUCCUGCUUCACAAUGUUAUUUGGCACCAUUUCCAACCUUGCUGCACUGGGCAUCCUGGCCAAGUCUCGUGGUAGAUUCUCCCGCCAGUCGAAAGCACCGUUCCUACUUCUAACAGUGGCUUUGCUUUUGGCUGACCUGGGAGGUCAUGUGAUCCUAGGUUCCUUUGCACUGUAUCUCCACAUGAAUCAUCAGUAUACUAUGAAACUAUGUGAUGUCUUUGGAACAAAUAUGGUGUUUUUUGGCCUGUGCCCCUUGCUGUUCGGUUGUGCUAUGGCAGUGGAGCGCUGUGUGGCCAUCACUAAGCCCUUUUGUCGUGUUACUAUGAUUACUGUGGCUCAUGUGGUACGGGUGGUGUUAUUCCUUUCCUCUCUUGCACUUGUUCUGGCAAUUCUGCCUUUACUCAAAGUGGGGACUUAUACUAUCCAAUAUCCAUGCACCUGGUGUUUUUUGAGAGUUACUUCUCCAUGUUUCGCAGCUGACACUUACCUGGCUUUGAUUUUCUCAUGUCUGGGCCUCACUGCGCUCACCCUUUCCCUGUUCAGCAACACAAUGAGUGUUGCUGCAUUGGUGCAUGCCAGAAUGAAGACCCCCAAUGGUCAAACAAACCACACAACCCACUUUGGUCGUCGUGAAUCAUGCACAUCAUCUUCUUCGCUGUUUUUUUCAUUGGAUGUGGAGGUAAUGGUGCAACUGGUAGUCAUCACUGUUGUUUCCUGUGUCUGUUGGAGCCCCUUCCUUAUCCAAAUUCUUCUGAUGCAGCUCAAGCAAAGCCCUAGUACAUCAGCUCAAAAGCUCAUCUAUGUGGCUUUACGUAUAGCCUCCUGGAAUCAGAUCUUAGACCCCUGGGUUUACAUCUUACUGAGGAAGACAGUGCUCUUCAGAGUUUGUGGACAGAGAUGGACCCUGACAAGAACAUAGUUCCACUGUUUGCAUUAACUAUAUUAAUCAUGGACUUUUUGUAUAGAGCACAUAGAUACUUUCUAUUUAUAUACAAACCAAUAGCUUAUUUACAGAAGCAGUUAGUGAAUAAGAGAUGGGGGAGGACUUGAACUACAUUUCACAACAUUUAGUAGUCUGUACCGGUUCUGUCAUCAAUAGCAGCUACUUGCAGAUUGGCCAAUGGGGCGGUGUUAGUUUUGACCAAUCAAAAUUGAGAAAAGCUUGACAAGCAGCGAGUUUAACAAAUAGCGGACCUGCAGGAGGAGGUUAACGCCCGUGGUGGGUGGUGCUUCUGUGCCAGCGACUCUAUUCAAUAUGGAGUACAGAAAAUAGCCACAUUCAGCUGGAGUUUAACUGUUCUCAUUCACAUUUGUGCCACUCGGGCACAAAUUAUACUCGCAGGCUCGUAGAGGACACGUGACUGGACUCGCUAACGUAUGUUUGACAUAUUUAUAAAUGUACUUUGAAUAAACUAAUAAAUACUUGAGCACAACUGCGCUGUAAGAAGUAAAAGUGUGGUAAGACUUGGAAAAAAAAAUAAUACGGAUUUUCCUGAAAA